GAGCGUCGCCACAGCCCUCCGAUCGGCGACAUAGAGAAGGCAUUUUCUUGUAAAUUCAUCCGUUCUGUUCUUGUCUCAUUUUAUUCGAAUUUUCAUUCUGCACCAAAACGUUCUCAAAUUCUCGAAAAUCAUUCAACAGAAUGACAAUAAUUUCGAGAAACAAAUCUCUUUUUACAGUGUUUCGAAAACUCGUAAGCAUGACAAGGAAGAGCUCUUCAAUACAGUGUCUAUACGAGCUCUGCAAGAUGAAUUUCACGAACACAGGAACACCUCCCUCUUCUGAAGCUGUCGAGAAAACCUGUUCUCUCAUGGACACAAUCUGCCCUGCUGAUGUUGGUCUUAAAGAGGAAAACACAGAGGAUGAUCGAGGGCAUGGAUUCUUAGGACUGGACCAUUUUCAUAGGGCAGCUCGAUGGGCUCAACCAAUAACAUAUCUGGAUAUAUAUGAAUGUGACAGUUUUACAAUGUCCUUCACACUCGCCCAGAAGAUGUGUAUAUUCUGCCUGCCUACCUCUUCCGUCAUUCCCCUUCAUGACCACCCUGGGAUGACUGUUCUGAGCAAAGUUCUUUAUGGAUCCCUGCAUGUGAAGGCCUAUGAUUGGGUUGAGCCCGCCUGUAUCCAGCAAAACUGUGGAUCAGAUCACUCUUUGGGAAGAUUGGCAAAGUUGGUAGUAGAUGAAGUUCUAACAGCACCAUGUGGUACCUCAGUUUUGUACCCGAAGAGCGGGGGGAAUCUGCAUUGUUUCACCGCAAUUACCCCUUGUGCUGUGCUUGACAUUCUUGCUCCUCCUUAUCAGGAGUAUGCUGGCAGGGGAUGUACUUACUACCAUGACUAUACUUAUUCUACUUUCUCAACUAGAAACGGAACUAUCCCGAGUGGUGGAAAAGAAGCAGACUAUGCAUGGCUUGUCAAGACAAAUACUCCAGAUGAUCUCUGUAUGCGCCAGGGAAGAUAUACUGGUCCAGCUAUCCAGGUUUAGCACUCAAAGCUUGCAAUGGUGAUAGACUUGCUCUUUUUAUCUCAAUGUAUUGAGCCCUGAACUCUGGAGGACAGUUUGUUGUUGGGAUUGAUUGCGAGAGCCUUGCCCCAUUUGAGGACAGGAAGGGCAAGAGCCUUGCCCUAUUUGACAACAGGAAGGGUUACUAAAAUCAUGAUGGAAUGUGCCUUGCCCCAUUCUACAUCAGCCAACAAGCCUAUAUCAAUCUCAACUCCACCCGAAGCUGCAUCGGGCCUAUUUACUCCACCCGAAUUCAAACUCUGACCUCCCAUAUAGAAAAGUUAUAAAAGUACAGAAGGAAGCUUCUAGCAUCAUUGGCAUCAUAAAAACAAUUGCCGAUAACAUUGAAACUUUUUUGUUGUUUUAUGAUUUAUAACCUUAAUUUAACAUUGUCUCACAACCAGCAUUAUCCAUCACCGACAAGACUAUAGUGACUA